CUAGCUAGUUCCCCACCAGAGCACACCCGCCGCCGCCGCCGCCGCAACAAGAGCCGCCGCUAGCUCGCCGCCGUCCGCUAGCUCGCCGCCGUCCGCCUCCUUCCCUCUGGGCAGCCAGCACCGCAGCAGUGUUGAGUCCAGCACCAGAAGCAGAACCUUCCCUCUGUCGGUGGGCUGCGGCGCCGUCCGUCCGUCCGUCCGUCCGUCCGUUGAGGAGGGCAAGAAUGAAGGGCGGUAGGAAGAACCUGCGGCGCGCGUGCGAGGAGGGCACCGCGGUGACGCUGGCGGAGGGCGAGAGCAUCAUGCAGGUCGUCACGCUGCGCGGCUCAAACCUCAUCGAGGUGACCGACGGCGAGGGCGUCAAGUCUCUCGCCCUCUUCCCCGCCAAGUUCCAGAAGAGCUUCUGGAUCAAGAACGGGAAUUUCGUGGUUGUGGAUGCUAGUGGCAGGGACGAGGCUCUCGAAUCUGGAAGCAAGAUAGCCUGUGUCGUCUCGCGCGUCCUCUUUCACGACCAGGUUCGCGCCCUCGAGAAAUCCGGCCAAUGGCCGGCUAUCUUCAAGUUAACUCCCAAUGGGUGGGCGACAGGGCCACAAGGAACGACAUCACAGGCUGAGGAAGAGCACAACUCUGAUGAAGACGACGAUGAUGAUAUGCCGCCACUUGAGGCAAACACGAACAGAAAUAGACCGUUUGACGUGCAUUCCGAUACAGAAAGUGAUUCUGAUUCUUGAACUGGUAGACGACUUGGGAAUAGUCAUCAUCCUAUGGUUACCGUCCACCUGUACACCUAAUGUAUUUAUGCUUGUCGAAUUUGGGCAUGACAUCAUGAACUUACGGCCCAAUCUGUCAAAGAAAUAGUAGUCAGUGCGUUUUGUCGACAUUAAGUGGCAGGGCAUGUGGAGGCCUGUCACCUGUAGUGUAAUAUGAAGAAAACAAGAAUGUUGCACCUA